CAGCGUUGGUGUGCAGCGGCGCAGAGCUGUCACAGCAGUCAGUGUGAUGAAGAUUGGCAGGCAGGCGUGUGUGUGAAGCAGUCUCAUGAUGCCCCAUGCCUGUCCCACUCCUGCUGUGAGCGUGAUGUCUGCUAAGGCUGCCCUUCCUCCUACGCCAUACCCUGAGGGCCAGCAGAUGACAGGGGCCACCCCCCAGCACUCGAGCCCCCAGCCGGCCCUCCUGCCCUCCUCGUCCCCGGGCAGUGCCCCACUGGAGCCCCCGGCCCAGCUGGAGGUGGACAAGCAGGCCAUCUACAGACACCCUCUGUUCUCUCUGCUGGGGCUGCUGUUUGAGAAGUGUGAGCGGGCCACGCAGGGCUCGGACGCCGCCACCUCGGCCAGCUUUGACGUCGACAUCCAGAACUUCGUCCAUCAGCAGGAGCAGGAACACAAGCCCUUCUUCAGCGAGGACCCAGAGCUGGAUAACCUGGUAGUGAAAGCCAUCCAGGUGUUGCGUAUCCACCUGAUGGAGCUGGAGAAGGUGCGUGAGCUGUGCAAGGACUUCUGCCAGCGCUACAUCACCUGCCUGCAGACGCAGAUGCACAGCGACAACAUGCUGAGGGGCGACCUCCCUGACCCCGAGCCUGACCCCGACCGCGAGCCCGGCCUCUACUCCGCCCCUCAGAGCAGCUUCCGCCUGCAGCAGGACCUUCUGCGAAGCUCUACGCCGACGUCCCCCUCCACCAUCAGCAAUCCCAUCAGCCCCUCCUGCCUGGGCUCCCUGCAGCCAGCUGAUGUCACCAUGACAACCGUUAGCCCUCCUGCCAGAGCAGGAGGAGCCUUGUAUCAGCCAAUCACCAUGCUGACAUUGCAAGGACAGGUGAGACCACCGCUACUUCAUGAAGCUCGGGUUCAACUGGAGCGGAACCUGUCGUCUCUGUUGGAUAAGGACGUGAGGAGGUCCAGGCUGAAGAGGAGCGCUCUGCCCAAACAUGCCACCAACAUCAUGCGCUCAUGGCUAUUUCAGCACCUUAUGCAUCCGUAUCCUACAGAAGACGAGAAGAGACAUAUUGCCACUCAAACACACCUCAGUCUCCUGCAAGUCAAUAACUGGUUCAUCAAUGCUCGGCGGAGGAUCCUCCAGCCCAUGUUAGAGGCCAGUAACCCCGUCCCAGCACCCAAGACCAAGAGGAUGAAGUCCCAUCGACCUACCCAGCGAUUCUGGCCCCUAGCAACGGGGAGCUCCGCCAUAGCAACAGGCCAAGCAACCAACACCCCAGAAGGUGUAGGGACAGGGGAGGGUGUGUCAGAGUCGGCCCUGCUGGCUAUGCGGCGAGCCCUGCUUGAGGAAGAGGAGGACUCAGCCGACGCCUUCGACGAUGAAGAUGAGUUUGAAGAGAUGGAGGAGAUGGAGGGAGAGGAAGAGGAGGAGGAGGAGGAAGAGGAAGAUGGAGGAGAGAAGCAUCAGCACCCCUCCAGUAUGCAGACCUCAAAGCCAGACACCCAGUGUAGCAGAGACUAA